AUUUUUUCAACUGCAUUUAAUGAUCCAUGCAUGUAUCCGAAGAUUCGAUGUGAUGUGUACUGUGCAAAUUUUUUUUGGAACUAAACAUGGCCAUGUUUCGAACUGGAGGGGAUAUUAAGCACCAAAUCGUGAAGCGUGCAAAAUAACUGCUGCGCGGAGAGGAAAAGAUGGUAUCAUCACCGGUAGGAGAUUCCUCGCAUCCGCAACAAGUCAUGGAGACGUGUACGAAAGUUGACACUGGAUAUCUGGCCCCUAAUCCAUCAUGCAACACCUUAAGUUCAAAAAAAAAAUCAUGCAACACCUUUCUUCACACGUUAACUUCCCUGCUCCCCAACCACAACCCACAAUUCCACAAAAUUCAAAUUUGUGACAAACGAACGAGGACAUCAGUCUAUCACAAAAUUCAAAUUUGAUGAACAUGGGCAACGCAGCUUUGGCGUCAUACCAUAACAACGCUAAUUUUCUUUGACCUACAGGGUCAGCUGGAUGCUUAGAACAAUAGAAUGGUAUAACUUUAGGACACAUUUUUUUUCCACCCUGGCAUUGUGCUCAACCAGUUGCUUGAGUUUCAGCGGAAAAGAAUUGCUUUCUUGGGUCAAUAAGCAACAUUUUGUUUGUUUUUGAAUUUUUGCCGGUGCCUUGUUCUUUGCAUGCACUAACAAUCAAGCAUGUCAUCAGAGCAUAAGGUGUUUCAGAAGCAAGCAAAGUCCAAUGAUAAACAAGGGACGCUUACUCCAUCUCUUGCUUCUCUGUACCAUUCUCGCAGUGCUUUAGAUAUCCAAACCCUUGGUUGCAAGCCUUCUCCUUCAGCUUCUUGCCCCUUUUGCCUCUUGAUCGUUCUUAACCCUCUGAUUUCUCAUGCUCCUCCUCUAUCUGUUCUGCUGAGCAAGAAAAGGAGCUGCCUUUGAGUAACCGUACACAUGAAUUAAUUCAUUUUUGUUUCGAUCUUCCAAAUUCAGGUCGUCUCGGGCUUCCAGAGAUGGCGGACCAUUUCGAGGUAAUGGCGGGCCGAUUGCUCACGGAGUCGACGCUUCAGUCUGCCAUUGAUGAGGCCUCCGAUGCGCCUUCUUCCACAAUGACCGCGUGUGAUCCCGCUGUUGAAGAGGGCAGGGCAACGAGUGGCGUCUUGGUAGAAUGCAGAAUCUGCCAAGAGGAUGACGAUGAGGCAUGCAUGGAGGCCCCUUGCUCCUGCAAGGGCAGCUUGAAGUACGCUCAUCGCAAAUGCAUUCAGAGGUGGUGCGAUGAGAAGGGAGACACCAUAUGCGAGAUCUGCCUUCAGCAAUUUACACCGAAUUACACUACCUCUUCAAAGCUGUUUCAGCAUGGAAGAAACACUAUUUUCUUCAGCGCUCCUGGUUACAUCCAAGCACGGCCGUACGCUGACCAGACAUCUGCCACACCAACAAGCUACGAGUAUGACCGCCAGACUUCAACUCCUACCGGCGUAAUCUGCUGUCGCAUAAUUGCUAUAACUCUGAUGGUUCUUUUAGUCCUCCACGACGCCGUCUCGGUUCUCCUCGGCGACCAAGGCGCUUAUACCGUCGCCAUGCUCACUCUGCUGAUGCUCAGAACAGCGGGAGUCGUCAUACCGGUGUACAUCAUACUGGUGGCGGUCGCCGAGCUGCUUCACCGGCGCAGACGGCGGCAGGGUGUGCACGAGCAGAAUUCGGGACCUGCGGGAGCGGAGGGCGCGGAGCCACAGCAGCAUGUCAUCAGCAUCCAGUAGUGCGCGCAGCGCGCUGGCUGCGGAACCUUCAACGAACUGACACGAAGGACUGAGCUUCAGAGAUGAAUUUGCCUGCAGAAAUGUGGAAGAUAUUUGCCUGUACAGCUUUGCAAUUGUACAUAGUAGGAUAUAUUUGGCUGCUGCCAGCAGCUUUGUAUAGAGACCAUUGUACGUGAUUACUCUCUUCAAAUGAAGGUGAAGUGGGUUUACUGUGCAUAACAAGAUGAUGUACUAGCGAGUUCAAAUCGAUGCAAAGAAUAAUGGAAGGUGAAUUGAUGGUUGCAUUA